GUGGAAUGGAGAUUGCUUUGCACUUAAUUCUGCUAAGAAGCGGCUGCUUUUCGAGGGAUUAAUCCGACACUCGUGAGCUUCUCCUCCAAAUUUCAUUGUCGGUUCUAAGUUUCCUUCUACUGGUCUCUGGUGUCUACUUCCGGCCAUGGCGAUGACGCCAUGGACAUUGCUGUUGCUGUUGCUUGUUGCUGCAGCAGGCCUUAACAGGGUCUCUAGCUCUACAGAUGGUCGAGAUGUGGCCGCACUAAAUGCUCUAAAGGAUACGUGGCAGCACACACCGCCAAGUUGGCAUAAAUCGAACGAUCCUUGCGGUUCAAAGUGGGACGGAGUCCAUUGCACCGGUGACAGGGUGACCGAUUUGAAAUUAUCAUCCAUAGGCCUUGUGGGUAAUCUCGGCGGCGACAUUGGGGGACUUACCGAGUUGCAAACCUUGGACCUUUCUUCCAACCCAGGCUUAUGUGGAUCCGUCUCUCCAUUAAUAGGCGAGUUGAAGAAAUUAACCACCCUUAUCCUGGCUGGCUGCAGCUUCACCGGCAACAUCCCAGAGCAAUUAGGAAACCUGACAGAACUCUCAUUCUUGGCUCUGAAUUCAAACAAAUUCAUUGGUGAAAUACCUCCUUCUUUAGGUAGGCUCUCCAAAGUUACCUGGCUGGACCUGGCAGACAAUCAGCUGACUGGGUCUCUCCCUGUCUCAACGUUAACCACCCCCGGCUUGGAUCUGCUUCUCCAAGCAAGGCACUUCCAUUUCAACAAGAACAGGUUGUCGGGUAAAAUUCCAGCCAAGCUUUUCAGAUCUGAAAUGAAGCUGAUACACAUAGUAUUUGAUGGAAAUCAACUAACUGGGGAGAUCCCAUCCACAGUAGGGCUUGUGCAAAACCUUGAGCUUCUGAAUUUAGCAAACAAUCAGCUGACCGGGCCAGUACCUGACCUGGCUGGAGUGACUUCUCUCAGUUUCCUGAAUUUAGCAAACAAUCAGCUGACGGGGCCGGUACCUGACCUGACUGAAAUGACUUCUCUCAGUUUCGUGGACCUUAGCCACAAUUUAUUCAAUGCAUCAGAGGCUCCAACCUGGUUCUCAACCAAACAAUCUCUCACCACUAUAGUCAUGGAAUAUGGAGCACUUAAAGGUCCAGUCCCACAAAAGCUAUUCAGCCUUCCACUACUGCAGCAAGUGAGAUUGAAGAACAACGCAUUCAACGGCACCUUGGAGAUGGGUGAAAGCAUCAGCCAGCGACUCCAACUGGUAGAUUUGGAAAACAACCAAAUUGCCUCCUUUCCAGCACCUCCCAGCUAUAAAGAAACACUAGUACUUGUCGGGAACCCACUCUGUACUGCCCCUCAGCCCCACAAUGUUAAGUAUUGCCAACACCAGCAAUCAUCAGCAACAAACUAUUCCACCAGUCUGGCAAACUGUGGCAGUGCAUCAUGUCCCCCCAAUCAGAGUCGCAGCCCUCAGAGUUGCAACUGUGCCUGCCCAUAUGCUGGAACUCUGUACUUCAUAGCACCUAAUUUCAGCGAGUUGUCCAACAACACCCCAUUCCAGUCACUGGAAAGGCACAUUUGGACGUUACUCAACCUAACUGAAGGUUCAGUAUCUCUUCAAAACCCAUUCUUCAACACGUCUGGCUAUCUCCAGGUGCACUUGGAAGUCUUCCCAUCCACCGCAAAGUAUUUCAACUUUUCAGAGAUUCAGAGGCUUGGGUUCGGUCUUACCCACCGAGUUACUGCGCCACCCUCAGAGUUUGGACCAUUUUAUUUUAUUGCAUCUCCAUAUCCUUUCCCAGAUGGAAGUGGGGAGACUUCGAGGAGUUCAGGUGCAAUUAUCGGGAUAGCUGUCGGUUGUGCUGUUCUGGUUCUUCUGCUCGCCGGAGUGGGGAUAUACGCCUUCCUGCAAAAGAAACGGGCUGAAAGUGCUACAGAAUUAAGCAUACAUUUUGCAUCUUGGGGUCUCAGCCGCAGAGACAGCAGUGAUGCACCACAACUAAAAGGUGCAAGAUGGUUCUCUUAUGAUGAACUCAAAAAGGCCACCAACAACUUCUCAGAAAGCAAUGAGCUUGGAUCGGGAGGUUUUGGCAAGGUUUACCGAGGUAAACUUCCAGGCGGGCAUAUUGUGGCAAUCAAAAGAGCACAGCAAGGAUCCAUGCAGGGUGAGCUCGAGUUCAAGACUGAAAUUGAGUUGCUUUCCAGGGUUCAUCACAAGAACCUUGUCAGUCUUGUGGGUUUCUGUUUUGAGAAUGGAGAACAGAUGCUGAUCUACGAAUACGUUCCAAAUGGAACACUAAGAGAGAGCUUGCUUGGGAGAAGUGGCAUCCAUCUGGACUGGAAGAGGAGACUUCGGAUUGCUUUAGGCUCAGCAAGAGGAUUAGCUUAUCUUCACGAACUCGCCGAUCCUCCCAUAAUACAUAGAGAUGUCAAGUCUGCUAAUAUUCUUCUGGAUGAAAAUUUAACUGCCAAGGUUGCAGACUUCGGCCUGUCAAAGCUACUAUCAGAAAGCGGAAAGGGACAUGUUUCUACUCAAGUUAAAGGCACAUUUGGUUAUCUCGAUCCCGAAUAUUACACAACUCAACAGCUGACGGAUAAGAGCGACGUUUACAGCUUUGGUGUGGUUAUGCUUGAGCUGAUAACUGCAAAGAAACCAUUAGAGAAGGGAAAGUAUAUUGUUCGGGAGGUCCGAAUGGCAAUGGAUAAAAAUGAAGAUCACUAUGGCCUGAAUGGGAUAAUGGAUCCUUCCAUUCGGCAUGCAACCAAUCUCUUUGGUUUUGGGAGGUUCGUCGAGUUGGCCAUGCAAUGCCUUGAAGAAUCAGGUGCAGACCGUCCAACAAUGAGUGAGGUGGUGAAGGAAAUGGAGACCAUACUGCAGAAUGGGCUGAACACAAACUCAGCUUCUGCGUCUUCAUCUGCCUCAGACUUUGAGCCCAUGAAGGGUUCUCUGCCCCAUCCUUAUAAUGAAACUCUACCAAAAAAGGAUGAAAAUAACAAUGCUUUCGACUACAGUGGUGGUUACACAUCCUCGGCCAAACUCGAACCCAAGUAGCACAAUUAUAUAUAUAUAUAUAGAUAUAGUUCUCAUUUCUUACUGCUAUUAUAUUUGUUUGCUGUCUAUGUUGAAGUCAGUCUAUCACAGAAUGAAAACUGUGCAACAGUAAAAUGGUAUUGUAUUUGUGGCCUUGCAUCUGAAUUGUUUCUUUCAAAUGGAACUAAUUUCCAUUUUCUA